AUGUUAGAACAGGAAAGUGAUUUAGAACUUGCAGAUAUUAGUUGUACUAGAGAUGAACCACAAGUAGAUCAAAACACAUCUGAAGAUUAUUGCGAAGAAUUGAAUAGACUUGACGAAGAGGAAAAUGCUAUAAAACAAAUGAUUAACAAUAAUAAAGAUGAAAAAGUGGAAAGAUUUAUUAAAAAUGAUGAGUAUAUUGAAAAAAAUAGCUUUAUACUAUUGG